CCCUCAAAGUCUCACUCAUAUCUUCUUGCUUCGCCCUGAGCGGAAUUGUUUGCGACUUUCAACUUCUCUCCAUCCCUCCUCUUCUGUCGGUGACUGGCUCGCUGUUAUCGUUAUCCAUUCAUUUCUCCUCAACGACCGGCUCGUUCAUCCCUCUCUUAAUAUCUUAUAUACCUCAUAAUAACUUCAGGAUUCUCGACAAACGCAAUGCAGAACUCACUUUUUACCAACCUCAUCAUUCUCCUCUCUUUCUUCCACCUCAACGUUUUCGCUGGGCCUACCGUGGAAAAAUACCCCGCCGUUCUCGCCGUCCGCCAGACGACUUCCAAUGCGCAAUGCGCCGACUAUUCCCGUAUCGCCAAUCUCUCCACUAUCGGCGCAAAUGCUACCUAUCGGUCCCUCUUCCUACAAGCCUCACCCCGCGGCACUUUUGCGGACGCUGAUAUGCUCAAUGCCGCGAUCGCUAAACUCCCCAAACUCACCAAAGACGCGGGCCUAAAUAAAGCUUGCGGAAAUCUCACGACCGUUGCAUUCGUCGAGGCAGAAAAGAACUUCACGCAAGGCGUCGUGGCACAGUUUUCUGGAUUGGUCCCGACUGGGAUCAGGGCGGGGCCGGAGGUGGCGUUAAUUGUGGGCUUCAUUGUGGUUGGCUUUUGCGGCAUGUUCGUAUUUGUAUGAGUGUUGGUUGCGGGAUGAAAUGGCAAGGUCUGCAAAUUAUAGCAAAGUAUAGGCUAUUCAUGUAUUGGAGUUCGUGUGGCGCGCGUGUCGCAAUGGGAUUGGAGAGGGUUUGGGAAUUUGCAAUCGCCUAUCUGUGUCCUGCAGCUCUUUUACGAGGAAAUAACUGCUGCUUGUUCUUCAUGUUUUGGUUUCUUUCUUCCAUAUUUAAAGCCCUCGACGCCUGUCGUUGCUGCGAAGGACCUGUUUCGGGAAUGGACCCCUCGAAACGUCACGUGAUAUUUUCAAGUCCGCCUCCACACGCGGGGCAUGAAAAAUGUGGCACACUCAAGCAUUUCAACACCGUCUGAGAUGGCCCGGUAAGCUAUCAGAAAUGCCAGGACUAGUAUCCUACGAAUGAUAAUAACAUACCAGAGGACCUCAAGCAGUGCUAAACAGCC